AUGCGUCUUUCGACUUCUUUGUCUUCGAUGGAAAGAGGGCGAACCGUGGCUCGAGACGUGCGACGAAGAGCCCCGAGCACUGCCUCGGCUGGCACGACAGACGCUCGUUUGGAUCGUCUGACUGGUCUGAUGGAGGCUAUGCUGGUGCGGAUGGACGAUGAGCGAAGAAGUCAAGGAGGUGUGGAAGGCCCUCAGGUGCAAAGGGGGGUGUCCAGUCAGGUGCCUUUCCAGCCUUUGCAGAACGAGAGGUUCGCCGGGACGAUGGGUCGCAGGCCUCGUUCCACUCAGCUGCCUCUCAACAAGGCCACCCUCAACACUUCUUCAUUGGGGAGCCGGCUCCGUGCGGCCCGCCUGGCCUCGCCUGUUGCCGAGCGCCCGGUGACGCCGGUGAAGCGCAGGACUCCUCCACCGAUGCUCCGAGUUCCGAGUCCCUCGCCUCCGAGAGCUCCACCAAUGCUGAACUUCCAGGUGGAGGAGAUUCCAGCUACUAGUGGAGUGAGGUCUUCGACCCCUCCUCCCACCGUGUUUCGCCCUCCGGUGCCGGCUUUGCCUCUCUCUGCCAAGUCGGAGGAGCCCAGCAGGUAUGUCCAGGCUUUGCCUAAGCUCGAAGAUUACACGCCUGACCAAGGAGCAGUAAUCAGAGGGGACUGGCUGGUUACCAUAACUCCGGUGAUAGGCUCCCUCACCCCUGGCGCCGCCAGUUGGUUUGCUGAGGUCUUAGCCCGGGUUAAUGAGCAUUAUGCUUUGUGGUUAGCCAGUGACCCGGUCACCCGUCUCACGAUCCGGACAAGAGCCAUUGCUGAUGGUGCCAACGCCUCAUCCCAGGGAGGCACCGCUCUGCUUGAGCAGCGCCUAACCACACUGCUGCUGGAGGCCGUCCCUAGUGCGGUCAAGACUGAAGUGAUCACGGUGCGGGCUUUGACUACAGUCGGCAUUCUGUUCUUGUUGCACACCCGGUAUCAGCCUGCCGGGCAGGCUGAAAAAGCUUCGAUUCUCCAGUUCCUUGUCAGCCCUGACGCUCCAAAGGACACUCAACAGGCAGUUAAAAACUUGAGACGUUGGUUGCGUUGGCUUGCUCGCUCCACUGAGCUGCAGCUUGCUCCUCCGGACGCCUCCCUUUUAGUCAAGGCGGUUGACAAGCUGGGUGCUGCUUUCCUCUCUGACCCUUCGGGGGUGUUUCGAGUUCAGGCAUUUCGUCUGCAGAACAGCAUCGACCACCUUCCUUCACAAGACUCCUCAGUUUCCCUGGCCCAGUUGUACCUUGCUGAGCUUGAGACUCUUCUGUUGGUAGCUCCUGAUCCCAAGAAGCAGCGAGUUGCUGCCCUUGAGGCGCCUGCGGCUGAUAAGCCCGAGGAGCCUAAAGGGGGCUAUGCUGCUGCCAAGGCCAAGGCUGCCAUUCGUGAUGCAGCUUCCUCCCUUCGCCAGGAGCUCCUCAAGGCUAUCAGGUCCGCCGAGCCAGGCAACCAGGUGUCAGGUGCCCUGAGCUCCAACGGUAAGGGGCUCAUUGAUGGUGGGGCUACGUGCUGUCUGCGUUCAGCCAAGAACACCUUUGAAUGGAAUGAGUCCACUCCUACUUCCAUUCGAUUAGCUGUGGGCGAAGUGACCGCUCGUGUGUCCCCGGCAGGCACUCUUUUGCUGCCACCAGGCUCGUCUUGUGAUCCUAUCGUCGCCCUGCAUGAGCUGAUCCGAAUCGGCUACCGCAUGACUUUCUUGUCUGUGAACAAGAUGCGUAUCUGGCGCCCAGGACAGCCGGACCUGCCUUUGGAUUGCUCUACUGGGUGCCCCGAGAUCACCCCCAAUGAGGCCAACAGGCUGAUCACAGAGAUCGAGAACUCCAAAAGGGUUAAUCGAGCUCAGGUCGCAAGGCUCACUCAGCUCCCAACUUCCUCGUUUGAGGACGUCCUCCAGGACCCGUCCGGUGAUAAGCUGGCUUUGUGGUUUAAGGGGAUAGUUCCUUCGGUUCCUGUCAGGCUCUUGCCCACCUUGGCUGUUGCCCCCUGCAAGAAAGCUGCGCCGUGGAACCGCCGACGGAGGCGAACUCUGUCCCGAGCCAAGCACCUCAUUAUCCACCUUUUUCCGGGCAAAUCACGAGGUCUGUUCCGAAGCCUUACGCAGGCUAACUUGGGGUGGGAUGUUCUAGAGGUUGACAUAGAAGAAGACCUGCUGCGUGAGGACACCUUUGGUUUUCUCCUGCACCUCGCUCAAACUGGAAGGGUGCGUGCUGUGAUUGGGGGUCCUCCCUGCAGAACCUUCAGUGCCCUUCACCACCUCAGCUCAGGCCCUCCUCCCGUGCGCGGAGUUGGAAGUGAUGCUUGGCGCCUCCCAGGUCUCAGUGCGGCCACACAGGCUAUGGUCGAUCAGGACAGUGCCCUGUACCUCCGUAUGUUCAUGUUGACUUCGGUAGCGCGUCGUGCCGGUCGAGCUCUACGCCGCUCAGAGUCUCCAGACUUGACUGGCCCUGAACCUUUCUGUUUCGGCAUGGAGCAGCCCGAGGACCCGGCCCAAGUCUUCGAUGCCUCUCACGCUGAAGGCCCCACUCUGCUCUCUUUAGAUCAGGGACCACUCGGCCACGCCAAAAGGAAACCCACCACGCUUGCUUUGCUAGGUGACUCUGACCCCGCGCACGCUCCUGCCCCAGAGGCCGCUUCCUCUUCGAGUGUUGCCGCGCCUUCUAUUGACACCUCGAGCCAGGAACCCGCUGCCGGUUCAGCCCCUCCUGAACUGUUGGAUUCAGAGCCAUACUUUGCCGACCUGUUUGGCGAUGAAGGUGACGGCAGUGAAGACAUGUUACCAGUCUUGGACGCUCCAGCUGACCCUGAGAAUCUUUGUGAUCCCCUCACUCCUUCGCAGACUGAGGCAGCUGAUGCUGAAAAUAAAGCGUGGCAACAGCAGUUUGAUGCCCUCACGAAUGAGUGGAAGGACUCUCCUCUUCCUGCCGUGCCCAUGCAGGACAUACCGUUCUUCGUUCCGCUUGUGAGCAAAUCGGGCAAAGGCGUUGCGGCAGCUGUCAUGCAGGUUGUCACUCAGGUCCGUGCCUUGGGUCUGCCCCUUCAUCGCAUUCACAGUGAUCGUGGCCUGGAAUUCCGCAAUGCCUCCUUGGCGCAAUUUACGCGUUUUCACUGCAUCCCCCAUACCACCACUUGUGGGGACGACUUCAAGGCCAACGGCCGUACGGAGAAUACGGUUCGGUUGCUUAAGCGGGCCACCCGCACUUUGUUGCAAGCCCAUGCGGCUCCGACUUCAGACUGGAGUUUUGCCAUGCGUCAUGUUACUGCACGUCUUCGUGCUGCUGCCCUCAGUGCUCUUGGCCAGCCUUCUCCCAAGCUCUUGCCCUGGCGCGCUCGGCUUGUUUUGCGCAGACGCACUUGGUCACGCCUUGCUGCGGGCUCUUGGGGGAGCCGUGCACUGAUGGUUACAGUGUUGUGUCCCUCCCCGGACGUCCCAGGUGGCCAUCUUGUUGUGACUGACGACGGAGGCUACUUGCACUCUGAUGUUCUUGUGGAAGUGGGCGAGGCAGUUGAGCUUCGGGAGUUCGCGGGUGACCGCGCUCAGGUUCGCAUUCUUGCCCAGGUGACCGCGCUCAG